AUGACUGUGCUGUUCAACAAUCGUUCAGCCUUAUCACAAGAAACCCACAGUGCUGAAGCAAUUACUGGGUCAAAGAUGCCAUCUCCACAUACAAAGUCAACAUCUAAAAGUCUCUCUUCCAAACCUGGAAUGGAAACCCAGCUUGUACUGUCAGAAAGCCCAGAAGAGGAUGAAGAAAACCCAAUGAAAAAUCCAUUUACAAUUCCUCCAGACAUCGAUAUUUUCUCAAUAAGGGACAAGGAAAGAAAAAAGGCUAAGGCGGAACGUGAAAGGAUGAAGACCAUGAAAAUUCAUGAGAAAAUUACUUACUCCAUUAAAAUAAAAGCAAAGCAAAAAGGCUUCAGGAAAGCUCUGCAAAAGGAGGAAGAAGAGGAGGCCAGAAAACAGGCAACAAAUGAAGAGAGACUGAAAACUCUUCAGGAGAGUCUUUCACGGAAGAUAGCCAUUAAAAAAGAUUACCCAUUAGAAAAGGAGACCUUCCGUGACUACAUAAAUGACAGACGAGAGAUAUUUUUACUUGAGUAUGCCAUGGCAGUAAUGCGAGAUGAGAUUCAAAGGAUGGAGAACAUAGCAAAGAACGAGGAAAGAAAACUGGAAAAGGCUGAAUACUACCUGGAGAAGGAUGCUGCCGAGUUUGAUGAGUUCCUGAAGGAGAACGAUAAAAACUCUGUUCAGGCCCUGAAAAUUGCCAAAAAAGAAACCGCAGCAAAGACAAAGACAACAACGGAGAUCCAGGCAAUCACUUCCCAAAUAGAUGACCUCCAAAGUGAUAUAUCCAGAUUCAAGAAUACUCUGCAGGAGUACAAGAUGUACAGGGACUUCCUCUAUCAACUAUCUCCGAAAGAGUGGCAGGAGGAAUGUGGAAAAAAACACAAAAAAGAAAAGGAUUUGAAAACAACACCCAAAGCUAAUGAAGAAAGUGCCUUGCCUCCCACCACCACUGAGCAGGGUGAUACCACCUACAUAGAUGUGCCAAGUUCCCUACUGUCCUCAGAAAGUUUGGAUUUCAGGUCAUUGCAUGAGAUCAGGCCACAGCUUAAAAACUUCCUGAAGCCUCUAUCCACAAGAAAACUAAAUUCAUUGGAGGAUGCAGAAAGUGAAACCAGCUCAGACGAAGAUGAGGAGCCUGAGUUGUAUUUUACUGAUCCCCAACAACUGCUGUCUAUUUUCACGGAGAAGGAGGAAGAGAUCUUGUCCUUCUUCCAGAGUUCCCAAGAGAUCAAGGAAAGUUUGGACAAGGUCCAACACACUUUUAUCACCACACAUGAAAGCAUGGAGAAGAAGUUAGCAGAGCUGAAAGAGCAAGUAGUUACCCUCAAAUCCUCCAUUGCCAAGGAAGAAGAGAAAGCAGCAGAUCUGAAGCUCAAAGUUCGCCUCUUUUCCUCAGGAGAACACGAAGCUGAUGACCAGAGCAAAAUGCUCGCAAGCCUGAACAAGAAGGUGCUGGAAGUGUACUGCCACUGCACUGGAGAAAAUGAGGCAAACCUGCACACAGUGCAGAUGUUAACGGUGAUAGAAAAACAGUUCAAUGAUUUACUGGACAACCUGGAGCAAAUCCCACUAGCAAAGCUAGAACAGGCUAUGAAAGCCAAAAAAAAGGAAUGGAGGACAAGGCUCAGAGAGGAAAAGCUGAGACAACAGAAAAAGCAGCAGGAGGAAAAAUUGCAAAGGGCCCUGGAAAGAUCUCAGGCACCUGUACAAAAAAAGAGUGGCAGGAGGCUGAUGUUCCGUUCCAACCCACCUGCCAGGAAGGAAAAAAAAAAGCAGAGCCAAGAACAAGUGGAUAAGAAGGAAGAACUCUACUACUUCACUUGA